GAUUCAAACUGACGCUGUUGUGUUGGGAAUCAUAUUACUAAUUUUGUUAAUCUUCUGUCCCAUACAUGUACGCAGACCAUAACUCAAAAUUUGAUGACAGUUCUUAUCAAGGACAUGAAGUUGUUGAUUCUGCAGAUGAUUCGGAUGAACCAGUCGAUCCCGAAUUCAUUAAUCUUUUAGAAGAUAUUGAAGGUAAUGAACAUGAGAACAUCGAUCUGUACUCCGUUUUGGGUGUUGACAAAAAUGCAUCGGCAGCUGAUCUGCGCAUGGCAUACAAACGUCUUUCCCUGUUGUUCCAUCCGGAUAAGCAUUCUAUUUCGACACCAGAAGAUAAUGAGAAAAUUAAUUCAAAUUCAUCUGAUGCGGUGGCUGCAUUCAGUCAAAUUGCUUCAGCUUAUGCGAUUUUAAGCAAUCCUGAACAACGUGCUAUUUAUGAUAGUUUUGGUUAUAGAGGGUUUGCAAAUGCAGGGGUGGCAAAUAGCGAGUUUUCAAAAAUCAGCACCUGAACUUCGUUUGGAAUAUCUUCUUUUGAAAGAAAAAGCUCGAGUUUCAAAGCAACUUCAGUUGACACAACCAACCUCGGAGUUUUCUCUUGGCUUAGAUUUAACGGAUGUUUUUGAUCGUUAUUUGAAGGUUAGUUGAUAUAAUAGAUAUUGGAUAGGUCCUCAAAAUUUUUCAAUACUUUACUGUUUAUGUUGAAACUGCUUAGGAUAAAGGUGUAGAACAUCUGAUUUUAUUCUCUUAUCUGUAAAAGUUCGUGAAGCAUAUUAGGAAAGUCAGGAGGAUUGUGUAGACGUCAAAUUCUUGGUCAUAAAUCGUUUCAAGUCACUUUUCGUGUAUGUUGAUACCGCCAAGUGAUUAGUGUCGAGGCUAAACGUAUUGUAAUAAACAGAUGUGCUGAAUCAGUCGAUAGUAAUGUAAAUCCUCAUUGACUGAUAUUUUUAGGACAUGUAUUACCUGCAUCUAAACACCACCCACCUCAACGCACAAUGUUUGCUGAGGUUGGAAGAAAGCUAGGGUUCAGCUAAACCAAAAGAUGACAUCAGUUCACGAAAUUAUUGACUAUUGGGUUUAGCUCUAUCAGUAGAUCCGGACCACCGGGUUUGAAUCAAUGAGAUAACUGAAAUCAAUCGUUAGGCGGCGUUGCUCAGAAUCGACUACAAUUGUGCAGAUGUAAAUAAAAUCAACUAUUUUGUUCAAAGAUGAUUUCUUGUGCAACAUGCAUUUGUAUGAGCCACCAGAGGAUCGUUCAUUGAUUCCAAUUCCAUCAAUUUAUGAGCUUUCUGUUGCUCAAUCUAUCAAUGCUGGUAUCAGCAUAAAAAACUCAGUAAGUUUAGCUGGUCAGGUGACAGCCCAUAAUGGUGUAGGGAUAGGGACAUUUCUUGCUAUAUGGCGGCAUCACUGCUCCAGAAAUUCAAUUUUCGGUCCAACUACAAUCGAUACCGAGUUUUCUUACGGUCGCGCUGGUCGUGGAUUGGGUACUGGUAUACGAGCAAGGCGAACUUUUGGACAGCGUCUCCAUGGUAGUUUAGGUUUAUCUCUAGCUAGUUUAUAUGAAAGAUCUCCCAAGUCGAGUAUAAAUCUAAUCCCUGGUAUUUCUGCUGGUGUAAAUGUCCAGUUGUUAUCUCAUGUACAUGCACACUUGGAGUUACGUUGUCUCAUGAAUCCAGGUAUAUCGAGUGAAUUGUUCUUUACUUCUGCUGACGGUGAGUAUAAUGCCCGAAUUUCAAGUAAACUUAACGCAUCCGGUUAUGCAAGCCUUUCCCUGUUACUAGAAAAGUCCGUCUCGUGGACUUGGCUAAAUCCACCUCGAGGAUCUGGUGUAAUUGAUAAAGAAAAUGUUCCUGGACCUGAUUGUGAAUGGGCAGAUUCAGAUAAUUGUGAUUUGGAACAACAGCGACGCGGUAAAGGCAAUAUAUCAUGCACCAUUGGUGUUAACACCACAGACAUUGGUGAAUUCUCUCUAGGUGCACAAUGUCAAAUUUCCGCUCAUUCUAGAAUCGCAGGUCAGAUUCGUCUGAGCAUUCAAAAAGGUGUAACUGUUAAAAUUAGCCUUUUACGAGGUACUCAGACAUAUUCUUUUCCUUUUAUUCUGUCUGAUCACCCUGACAGAGUUGCUUUUGGUUACGGUUUAAUUUUCCCCAUACUUGCAUUUUCGGCUAUUCGCAUGUUGGUCUAUGAACCUUAUCUAUCUCGUCAGUUAAAAAUUGCACAAAAGUUUCGAAGAGCUAAACUGCGCGAAGAACUGAACAGAAAACGCCGUGAAGCAUUGUCCACUCAGGAACUCAUGAGGAGAGCUGCAUCACGAAGUAAACGGAAUGAAAUGUCUAUUUCCGGUCUUAUCAUCGAUCAGGCAAUAUAUGGUUGCCUUUCACCAACCUCUGAUCCCACUACUUUAUCUGAUGCUGGUGGUCCACUUACGUUUGAUGUGACUAUACCCCUCCAAGCUAUGAUAGAAAAAAGUCACUUACGCUUACCACCUGGUCGGUGGUGUGAUUUCCAAGGUUUCUAUGACCCCUGUGUUGGUUUGUUAGAAAAUCCACGUCAACUUCGUGUGUCAUAUACUUUCCAUAAUUUUCCUCAUGAGGUCACUGUCAAUGAAAAUCAAGGUCUAGCUAUCCCAAUGUCCAAGCAUAAAGUUGAAAUUCCUUAAUUCAUGUAAAAUUAUCUCCGCGUUGUCUUUCAACUUAGUUAAUAUAUUAUCUCCACUGUGCAACCUUUCGUAGGAAUCUUGACGUACUUCACUGUUGCACGUUGUUGUCAUUACUCUCUUGUAAUCCUAUCGUUUUCAUUUUGUUUGGAAAUUGAGCACAACACUAUCUGUUUGGUCCUUGCAUUCUACAGAUGAAAGCAUUUAAUCCAGUGAUUACCUCUGUUGAUCUUGAUUGUAGAUAAAAUAAUUUUUAUUCUGAAUAUAUUUUCCCAAUUCAUUAUAAUGAAGUUGCACAUCUUUUCAUUUAUGUUCUAUGCUAGUUAGCUGUACAGUUAUUAAAUAAUGUUCAUAGAUAAAAACAACACUUGAUCCUUUUUAUUAUUUCUUGAAUUUACUUCAUGAAUUGCUAUGGUUGUUUGAAAGUGGAAAUUAGUCACACACACACACACUCAACGUUAAUCCAACCUUGGGUCAUAAAUAACCUAGUGAUCAUAGGCUUCGUGUUCUCUAAAAAGAUGUCGCUAAGAGCCCAAGGAAACUGCUUGCUCUCAAAAGUUCUAAAGCAUACUUGUUAGCAAUUUUUGAUUAAGCUCUUUUUAUACAAAUUUUGAUCAAUUUCAUUUUUAAUUUGUAAGAAAAAGAUAAAUGUAUCAUAAUCGUAGUAGGAUCGAAAUCUACACUUUCGGUGCAUGGCUAGAGUUUGGUAAAAAUGUGUCGCUAAGGAAUAUGUGUUAAUUCAAUAACAAGAAUGAAGUAUCCAAUUGCGCCAAACAAUUCCGAUGUUUUUUAGUUCUGGUAAAUGGUCUGAUCACAAGCAGAACUUUAUGGAAUUCAAAAUAAUUAACCUCUUUGAUCAAAUUGGACAAUAUAUUGUAACAUAGUCCCGAUUAACUUUGUCUUCUCAUCCUAUUGUCUAAAAAAAUGCAUAAGCAAUCGUUAUUUUUGAAUAAAGUUAAUCAGUUUUAUUGAUUACGCUUUAUGAUUAUGGGCCAUAUAAACUACAAGGUGGA